AUGGAACUGACUCAGAACAGGAGAAAACUCUUGCCAGUCGACGAGCUCCCUAUACGAUCGCCGGCUCCCGUGCCCCGUCCGAGGCCGACCGUCCCGGUGGACCGAAAGUUGUCCAGGCCACUCCUCCCAACGGUCACAGGCCAGAACGGGCCCUUGACCGCGAAUCCAGGCUUCAUCAGAUGCAAGCCUCCAUGCCACUCACGACAGUUCCCUGACGACAUCACCAUAAAACAGUACCGAGCGUUGUGGACUAAGCUGCAUCGGCAGGCUCAGCGGCUCGGAGCAAUGGGGUCAACACCCAAGCCAAAAUCAUGGAGGGCGGUGAAGGUACCUGCGGCCCGGCUGCUUGCGGCCCAGCGCUUGGGUCAACAGAUUUGGGGCGGAUUGGAGAGACAAUGCUCGUGGGAUAUAUUAUCGUCAUUACCGUUCCCCUGGGCGGGUAUCGGCUGGUCGCACUCUGUGGUUGCCUUCAUUGCAAGACGAUGCCGGAGAGGAUCUCGAUUGGAACCACCCGAGCGAGACACGCCGCAGAACCCGAGCGAGACACGCCGCAGAACCCGAGCUCGGAGAUUCGUAAGACACAUUGUGGACAAUGAGCAAUGGAAGAAGGUCGAGUUUGCUUGGGAGGUUGACGCCUGGACCGAUGUCUUUGGUCUGAUGAGGGAUGAUCCGUUGUUGGCUGUGGGCGAUGCCAACCUCGUGUUCCCAUUUGCCGUCUAUGAAGCCAAGGGCUGGGGCGGCGACCCCCGUGAAGCCCGCCGACAAGCAUGUUCAGCCGGGGCGGUCUACCUCGACCUGCUAGAAGUAUUGACGAAACGACCAGGCAAGCACAAGCCGGGCAAAAUCAUCGAGGAUCAAACACCGGAAAGCCGAAACACUCAAGUCUUUGUCUUCACGUCCUUCGGCGCCCACUGGCACAUUCUGGUCGGCUACAAGAGGCCUAGGCUCAAACGGGAAUAUGCCAGGCAGGAGGGCAUGAGCAAGUCUGUCUACAUUUUCCAGCGGAUCUGGAGCGCCAGGGUCGUGACUGAGAAGAAGGCCUGGGAGCUCCUCUCGCUCGUCGACCAGAUACAUCUCUGGGGCGUGACGGACCACCGGGAGUUUGUCAUCCGCCACCUGAAGCCGUGGCACAGGUAUGCCGAGAGGUGCUACGCCCGCGAUGUUGAGCACAUGCUGGGGUAUGUGGAUACGGCGGGCUGGCACAAUCCCAAAACACAUGCGCGCCAAUGGUCUGUACCUCGAAACUGCAUCUGGCUUCCCGAAUGGAUGUCGCACUUGAUCAACAACUCCCAGCAACGACACAAACUCCUGAUCUCCAGAGCCGCCUUCCAGAUCAAAGAAGCUUUUGUGAGGCAUCAGGGCACCGCCGAGGCACGCGCGGGUGCCGGUGAGGACAUCGACGCUCCCGUUGACGGUGGCGUUUGCGUGAUUGACGACAAAGGUCGCUAUCGCUUGGAAUCCUGGGGCGAAUAUCUCACGGACUCAAGCGAGGGACUCGAGGAGGUCAGACUCGAGGAGGACAAAGUCGAAGAGGACAAAGUCGAGGAGUUCAGAGUCGAGGAGUUCAGACUCGAGGAGUUCAGACUCGAGGAGGACAAAGUCGAGGAGGACAAAGUCGAAGAGCUCAGACUCGAGGAGCUCAGACUCGAGGAGUUCAGACUCGAGGAGUUCGGAUCUGUGGAAUUCAGACUUGAGGAGUUCAGAAUCGAGGAGGACAAAGUCAAGGAGGACAAAGUCGAAGAGCUCAGACUCGAGGAGUUCAGACUCGAGGAGUUCAGACUCGAGGAGUUCGGAUCUGUGGAAUUCAGACUUGAGGAGUUCAGAAUCGAGGAGGACAAAGUCAAGGAGGACAAAGUCGAAGAGCUCAGACUCGAGGAGUUCAGACUCGAGGAGUUCGGAUCUGUGGAAUUCAGACUUGAGGAGUUCAGACUCGAGGAGGACAAAGUCGAGGAGGACAAAGUCGAAGAGCUCAGACUCGAGGAGUCCAGACUCGAGGAGGACAAAGUCGAAGAGGUCUAG